ACCAUAUAUGACAGGGAUUUUAAUUUUCGAGAUGGUGGAUAUUAAUGAAUUUACAUCGGUAAAUAUUCAGGCGGUUCUAGAAUUCAUCUUGAGCAAUAUUUAGCACCAGGAGAAUUUUUCCAUUCACUGGGAGACUAUUUGAAAGGGGUGGGAUGGAAAUAUCUCGGUGUGAGAAGAAUCUGAGAUUGGGAGGCAUUCAUCAUGUAAUUGAGACGCCAUUUUAAUUCGAUAGUCGCAAAGAUUACGAUGAUUGCAAGUAGAGAUUAAAAUCAUAGCCUGCAGGGGUUCUCGAAGAAACCCUUCCCAUAAUUCUAAUUAGAAUUAUGAGAAGAAAUUGUGAGAGAUAAUGGAAACCAAAAUUUUGAUUAAUUUUCCACAUGUUUGUAACGAAUUGUUAUAAAUGGUUCGAUGUGUCGACAAUAGUAGGACAAAGUGGAAUGGGUGGUGAAAGAAUCUGCUUUCGUUACAGAUUUUAAGAUAACUCUCGUCGGAGUUGACCGAAUUCAACCAGGAAAAAUGGAAACGAAUUGAAUUGAAGCUUGUCCUCUAUCCAGCGUCAUCGCAGAUGAGUCAUUCUAAUUGCAAUUUCUCUGUCCAGUUUUCCAAUUUCUGCUCUUCAGCAAUUGCUCUAGUGAAAAUAGUGUAAAAAUGUCAAAUUGUAUGUUCCAUCACUCCAGUGGAUAAAUCCUUUUUUUGUUCAAUGUUAGCAAUUUAAAAAACAUCGACAGAUGGAUUAAAAGCGUGGAGGAGAAGUAGUAGUCGAUUGUAGCCCUAAAUACAAGCCCCGGAUGUAAAAGAAUCAUUGCGGCUGGAGGUGGAUACCACCCACUCGUUAAAAAAAAUCAAUACUUAAUAAUUACCAAUUAAUACUACCUGCACAUGCGUGAGCGAGUGUGUGGCAUCAUUUGUUUCUUCCUUGUCUGGCGCAGGAUAACGUUACUCAUCUGUAUUACUACAUCCCUCUGAAUUCUUAUCGAUUAUAGAAAAUAUAUUUAACAACUCGAUACCUGCGGAGGUGUGAGGACCCCUCCGAAAAAUCGCAAUUGAAAUUUAUUGAAGGGUUCUUAUCGUGGCAAUUACUUUCAAUUGUCACUCAAUCAAUUUAAAAGGACACAUACAGAUGAGCCUGUUGUUGUAGAGGAAACUGACAAAAUAAAAGAAAAUCAGUUUUAAUCUUUUUAAAAAUAUGUAAUCAAUCAAAUUGAGGGAAAUUUUUCUGAAAAAUUCACUGUGAUGCUUCAUGUCGAGGGUUUUGAGUCAUUAUUGAGUAGUGUGGCUGACAGACCCUUGUGCCGAUGGGGGAAGACUGUUGCCUUGGACGGAAGUGUGAAAAGGGUCGGAGAUGAAGGAUUGAAGGGUGAUAGGGUUAUUGAAAUAAUUGGGAGGACAGAGGGGAGCACUCCCAAGGAUGUUCUUCCCACUUCUAUCCAUUGCCCCUCCCAUCCUAAUGAAUUUCUCCAGACUAAUUUACCAAUUCUCGUUUUCGUGAUAAAAAAUCUUAAACAAGAAGGGAAAAUUGAGUUGCAGGUUAUUGAUAAGUUACAAUUCAGGAGAAGAUUUAUUUUAAUAACGAACGCAAUCCGAGAGAAAAUUCCGAAAAUCACACCCACUAUUGCUUUUCUCCCUUUAUUACUCGAUGAUAGCUGGAAUAUGCUAGAGAUAGAUCUUCGAAAUUUAUGCAAAGAAGUGUACCUCACUGACUACGUCUCGCUGAACCGACUUAUCAUUUUCCCCAAUUUUCGAGUGCGGAGAAUAUAUUUGCAGGAUCGCCACUACGAGCCGAACGAAACUCCAAAGGAAAUUUUUGAUACGCUGUCAGAGUUUUAUAAGUGUCGAAAAAAAACUGUAAAAUCCAUCGAUAAAAAUUGCCAAACGCAAAUGUUGACGAGAAAAAUUGUCCAGAAACCCAUAAAAAAGAAGAAACGAAAGAGGAAGAGCGAAGAAGAACCUCCAAGCAACAGUUAAAAAUUUCUAAAUUUACGCAGAGAUGUAUAAAACUUAUUGGAAUAAUAUUUUAAAGGAAUAUGAAUGAAAAUAAAUGAAAUCAAAUAUUUCCUCAAGUAUAAAACACCUGUAUAUUGCUCAUUU